AUGGCGUGGCACUGCCUUCGCUUGCUGGUGCUUCGUCCGACAAGGGUGUCGUCGCUCGUUCGUGUUAUCAGCACCACUCCAGUCAUGGGACGAGGCUUCAAACAAGGUCGCGGCACCGGUGAUUCUGGGAAAUCAAGUCUUUUCAACAACGAGCGCCGUUGGAAGGAUGAUAAUGCGUUCCAAGCAUUGGGCAACACGGACGAACUCUCCUCCUUGCUCGGUGUUUGUCGCGAAUUGGCAGUGAUGGACGACAUUCCCGAGCUAGUAGAAGUUCUCACUCGCCUUCAGUGCUGUCUUCAAGACAUCCUAGCUCAUCUGGCCACUCCUCCUCAAGCAACAAAAUCUGAGAGGAAGAAAGAGAUGACCCAUAUUGAUACACACAUGGUAGAUUGGAUCCAUGCAGAAAUUGACAGAUUUGGAGACCAGUUGCCACCUCUCCAGCAGUUUAUUCUCUCGGGAGGAGGGCCCACUUCAGCGCAUCUGCAAUUCGCUCGUGCAGUUUGCCGUCGUGCUGAACCCCGUGGUAUGGAUGAAGUGCGCUACGAUCGUCAGCUGCGUCUUUGGGGUGAGGAGGGGCAAAGUUCAAUUGCUCGAACCUCGGUGUGUGUUCUUGGCUCUUCGGCUCUAGGGACAGAGAUUCUUAAAAACCUCGUGCUGGCUGGUGUUCAUUCGGUGUGCAUAGUGGAUAGUGCAUUUGUGGACACACCUGAUCUCGGGCAGAAUUUUUUCCUUCGAGAAUCGGACAUCGGACGGCCAAGAGCUUAUGCCACAAUUGAGUAUUUGAAGGAGCUAAACCCAGCAGUCAUCGGGCACUCGCUGCUUUUAUCUCCGCUAGAAUUAUCCGACGAGGAUUUUGCUCUUCUGCUGCAGUUUUUUGUUGUCGUCGGCACCAACUUACCUGAGGAAGUUGCAACCAGGAUAUCCUCCUUUUUGUUCGCACGUGGUGUGCCUUUUAUAUCCGCUAGGGCAUAUGGGCUGCUGGGCUAUAUUCGUAUUUUCGUGCAAGAACACACUAUAGCCAAUGAUCACGAAGAAAAUGCACUCCCAGAUUUACGGAUCGAUCAACCACUUCCAAAAUUGCUAGAAAUGGCAGAAGAGGCUGAUCUCGAGACGAUGACACUAGAAGAGCUACGACAUACCCCUUACAUUAUGCUAUACUUGAUAGCUUUACGACGUUACAGAGAAGUGGUAGGACACGAUAACGCCUUUCCUGAUACAUACGCAAAACGUAAGCACUUCCUGGAAAUAUUGUUGAAAAUGCGUCGGGAAGGCGAAUCCGGAUCUCUAGAUGCCGAAAAUUUCGAGGAAGCCAAAGCAGCAGCGGCACGAUCGAUGCAUAAGACUGAGGUACCUGUUCACGUGAAGAAUAUUUUAAUGGACGCAAAUUGCGAUGAAUCCUCCAAAUGUGUGCAACCUUUCUGGCUGAUUUGUACAGGACUUCGGAGAUUCGUACAGAAACAUGGAGUUUUACCGCUAUCUGGCACUCUUCCCGAUAUGACUAGUGAUACCAAAAGGUAUACUAAAAUUGCAUCAAUUUUCCAUGAAAAGGCGCUUUCCGAUGCGGCGGAAGUGUUCAAAUAUACGCAGGAAGUUGAAAAAGAGAGAGGUGUUGCUAACAUGAUCUCAGAAGAUCUCUGCUAUCGAUUCUGCAAGAACGCAAACGGUAUCCGACUGCAACGUGGCACCAACAAGGAUUCUCCGAAAGCCUUCCAGGAUUUACUGAGUGGCAUUGCAAACUCAUCUGAAGAUGAUGGCGCUGUGUCCCUUGCAGUCUGGUUCUUGCUACUUAGGGCUGCCGAUAAAUUUCAUCGGGAAAAAGGAAGGUAUCCAGGAACGAAUGGUGUUCCGUGCACGAUUGAUGCGCUCGAUCUCAAACAACGCGUUGUGUCCGUUAUUUCGGCCUCACGAGUGGAAAAUCCAGAAUCGAUAAUCUCACAAGUACCACAGAAUGCUAUAGCCGAAAUUUGCCGAUAUGGCGCUGGAGAACUUCACGUGAUUGCCAGCCUCAUAGGAGGUAUUGCCGCUCAAGAAGUCAUUAAAUUGGCGACAAAUCAAUAUGUACCAUUGGACAACACUUUCAUCUACGACGGACAUACUCAGCGAAGCGCGGUUUUCAGGAUGUAG